AUGGGGUUGCAAGCCGCCUUCCAGCGGGUGGAACUCCCCUAUGUUUCCCGCUGGAUCAACGAUGACAUUCGACCCAUUGAGGCUCAAAGACGUACCUGGGGCUUCUUGACGUUUCACAACUUUUGGCUCUUGGUCAACUGCAACAUCACCACCUACUUGACUGGCAGUGCCCUCAUCCCUCUAGGUCUAGCUUGGUGGCAGGCCUUCAUAUGUAUCAUUCUUGGCAAUCUUAUUGCCACCGCCGUCGUGAUUAUCAACUCACUUCCGGGCAGCUACUAUCAUAUCGAGCGGUAUGGUUUCACUGCAUGGGUGGGAGGAGAGUGCAUCUACGUGAUCCUUCUUUCCUGGGACCCAAGGCUUGAAUCCCACAUUCCCAAUGGCAUGCCAGCAGACACGGGUAUGACAACUGCGCAAUUUGUCUCGUACAUCAUCUUCAGCGUCAUUUCUCUACCAGUAAUCUGGAUCCGCCCGCACCGUCUCGAGAAAUUCUUCCACUUUGCCUGCUCCAUCACUCUUGUCUUUUUCAUCGUACUCCUUAUCUGGGCUCUCGCAACUAUGGGAUCCUCGGGCUUCGGAGAUACCAUUACCUCAGGAUCUGCCCUACCUAACACAGGAGGACCAGACAGUGUGGCUUGGCUGAUGAUCUACGGCAUCGUCUCAACAAUCGGUUCCAUCGCGGCGGGCAUUCUGAACCAGAACGACUAUUCUCGGUUCGCUACACAACCUAAGCAUGCCAUCGUAGGCCAAGCUAUCUCGUUCCCUUUCUAUAGUAUCUUCAGCUCUCUGAUUGGCAUCCUCGUCACUGCAGCGACCCAGGAGCGAUUUGGUGGCGAGGCCAUCUGGAACCCGCCUACGCUCUUUGCUCAGCUGCUGGCCCAGGACGAAACAGCCGGAACGAGGGCAGCAUGCUUCUUUGCGGGUCUCUGUCUCGUCAUAUCCCAGAUCGGAGUCAAUGUCCCUGGAAACGCGCUUGCUGGCGGCUUUGACCUGGCUGCGACAUUUCCCAAGUACCUGAACAUCCGUCGUGGCGCCUACAUCACCGCGAUUUUCAGCGUCGUCGUCAACCCGUGGCGUCUCGUCAACACUGCAACAAUCUUCCUCACUGUCCUUUCAAGUUAUAGUGUCUUCUUGGCUCCAAUGACAGGGUUGAUGAUAUCUAGCUACUUGAUUGUUAAUAAGAGCAAGGUGAACGUGGACCACUUGUACCGCGGCGAUUCGGGGAGCAUCUACUGGUUCUCCUACGGUUUCAACUGGCGAGCCCCAGUGGCAUGGCUUGUUGGUGUUGUGCCCUGCAUGCCAGGCAUCAUCGCCGCCGUCGACACGUCCGCAACUGUUAGUGAGGGCGCCACGGAGCUGUACUCCAUGUCGUAUAUCUAUGGGCUUCUUUCGAGCGGCUUGGUGUACGCGUUCCUGCAUUGGCUUUUCCCGGCGAGAAGUCUGAAUGCUUUUGUCAAAGAUGCGCCCUCGGCGCGUGAACUUCAAGGAAUGCAACAGAGCAAGUGGGACGUGACGCUGGCCGAGACUCCUGAACUUCUUGAAGUGCUUUCUGGGCCUGGAGCCAAGACAGCAAACUCCGCUACACCCUUCAAAGAAGAUGUAUAG